CAGCUUCCCAAAGUGCUGGGAUUGCAGGCGUGAGCCACCGCACCCGGCCGUGAGUUUAUUUCUGCUAAUUUAUCAUUCGCAGUUUAACCCUAAAGCCCUUGUAAUGGUUCUCAUCUCUAGGUUGAACGUUGAUCACCUGAGAGACUUGGAUUCUCUUCAGCCUUAGCUGUGUAAGGAUAAAGGACGUCCUCAGGCCUGGGAUCAUGUGUGUGCAUUCAGUUGGGAGCCAGCUGGCUCUUGUGUAGGCCGGAGCUAGAGACAUCUGGCUGGAGGUCAUGGCUGGCGCAGAGGGUGUGGGUGGACAGUCGUUCAGGCCUGCGGAGGAGGACGAGGGUGCUGUCACGUGGGCCGCGAAGGCUGCUGGAGAGCAGCUGUCCCUGGAUGUUCCUUGUGAGAGGGGAGCCCUGGAGGGUCCCAGCCUGUCUUGUGGUACCAAUGGCAGGGCCUGUGGUGGUGGUCAGUCACUGACCCACAGCUCUGCCCACCUGCACAUGGGGCCUGUGCUAGGCCUUGUGGUCUGCCUGCCCUGCUCCUGACGAGCGAGAAUGGCUGAGGUGGGAGAUCCCUGCCUGCACGUGGGGUGGUCCUGGUAGACCAGAAUGUGGGUGUGGGUCCCCCUUUCCUGUGGUUCUGGGGACCUUGAGGACAUGGUCAAUCCCGGGCAAGGGACCUGCCACCCCCGUGUGGGGUCAGGAACUGCUGGUUGGUCUCUGCUCGGCAGGCAACCUGGGGUCCAGCUCAAAUUGUUGGAAUCUGGAAGUCUUUCCUCUUGCCCUGUCCUGAGGAGCAGCUGCAGGAGCUUCAUGAGUGUUUUCACUAAAACUUACGGAGGAGUUUCCUUUGAUCUCUCGUGGAGAGAUGGAAGCAUGAGGGAGCCUUCAAAAUUUAUUCUGAAGAUGAAGAGAGUCCUGCGGCUUUUUGGAGUUUGUAAAGUCAGCCCAGCCCUGUACAGAUGUGGAAACCGAGGCCUAGGAAGGAAGCACUUCUCUGACUUCAGAGCUGAACAUGGCCAGUGCUUGCCUGCAAGGAUGAGUUGUGCCUCAGAGGUUGCUCUUAUUCUGAGGUGUCUCUUCACCACUGCCUGUCAGGCUGCUAACCAGAGUGCCUGCCCCAGACCACAGCAGAAGCGACAGCAGCCAAGGAUCGGGGGAGCCCACCCUGCUCCCAGCUUGGAGGAGCCAACUUCAAAAGCCUCCGCCUGGCCUGCCCCUCUGCAGUCGUCCAGGCAGCCUGUCCAGGGAAGCGGUUGGCUGGUGUUGGACCUGGUGCGGCAGUGCACACCCCAUCCGAGGACCCCAGGAUCAUGUGUGUGGCCUGCUGGCGGGAGUGAGGGAGGGCAAGACCCUGAAAGGCCCAUGGUACCCCCCAAGCCUGCACUCUGGGCGCUCCUGCUGGCGCUGCUGGGGACCGCGCCAAGCCGCGCCUAUUCCCCGGCCUGCAGCGUCCCCGACGUGCUCCGCCACUACCGCGCCAUCAUCUUCGAGGAUCUGCAGGCCGCCGUGAAGUGGGGCGGGGCGGGGGCCGAAAAGACCAGGCCAGGCUCCAGACACUUUCAUUUCAUACAGAAAAACCUGACUAGACCCGGGAGCUCGGGACGGCGGGGACGGCCUCGGGCCUCCUGUGGCGCCCAGAAGCGGAGCCGGCGGCCCAAGAUGCGCCCUGCCCGGCGUCGCGGCGGCCGAAGGCAGCUCCUGCUGCGCGCCCUGGACGCCGUCGCCACCUGCUGGGAGAAGCUCUUCGCGCUGCGCGCCCCGGCCUCCAGGGGCUCCUAGCGCGGCCCGUCCUGGCCCUGCUUCCAGCGCCCUGCGCCGGGAGAACCAGCGGGGCCGCGGCAGAGCCUGGAGACGCGCCUCGUUUUGUCGACUUGUUGGUGACCUCGGCCCCUCGCUCGACGCAGCCUGCGCUCCCCGGAGGGCCCAGGACUUGGAGAAGGGAGCGCGCCUGGCCGCCGCUGGGUCUCGGAAGAGGCCCGCCCUCCACGCGCCGAAGGCCUCAAUAAACGGAGCUGGUGCUGCGGGUCCGGCACUCCCUUCGCCUGCCUCUCUGUGGGCCUAGGACCGCCCCGGGAUCUGCGCUUCAGUGGCGGGGGGCGGUGGAGGGGGAAUGCGGGGACCGGCACUUCCUGUGACACCUGGACGGGGCGGAGCCGCCGCUCCCAGCCUCGGGCAGCAGAGGGCGGGCGCGGGACGCUGGGCGCGCUCCGGCUCCGUCAGCGGCUCCCGGCUGGGCGGAGGGCAGAGCGGGGGACUCCUGGGGCCCCUAAAACGUCACGUAUCCGUCCUGCUCCACUUUGGACCGGGGCCGGGGGUGGAAAUUGAGGGGAGGGGAAGGCUGGACUUGGUGAAUUCGGAGCAAAACAACCGGAUAAAGGAAACGGGCCCGAAGGGAAGCGGGAGCUGCGGGCCCUGGCUGUGAGCUUGGCCAGGCUAUUUCCUGCUGCCUCCGGAGGGGUGGCCACGGGCCGGGCUCGGAGACUGCCCAGCCCCCUCUGCGGCACUGGUCAGGCUGGGGCCUGCUUUCUGGCCCCUGGAACCCUCCAUUUGCUGGGGGACUGUCCCCUGGUUCCCCCACCUGAUGCGCAGGUCUGGGAGUCUGUCACCCCCCCCCCCGCACCCCCGUCCCUAAUCUUGGCCCAAGGAGGAGCAGGGGAGGUGAAGUACCUGACACCUGUUACCCUCCCCUUCCCGGAAAGGCAGCGAGCAGGCUGUGCCUCUGGCAUUCUGUGGGAUCAGGGGCAGCAGCAGAAGAAAGAAGUAACCUCCCCAGCUGACCCUGGCCCAGCCCCACACUCUGUGUUCAUGUAUUUAGUCUGUGCAACGGGAGCUACUGUCUGUUUUAUAGAUGGGGAAACUGAAGAACGAGGAGGCUGUGAGACUUGCCCCAAAUCACAGCCAGCAGUGUAAGAGCUGGCCUCAGACCUAGGCCCAGGGCACGGGAUCUGCCACAAGUCCCCUGCCUGGAGGCUGGGGGCCAAGCUUCCUGGACUUCAGAGCCUUGGACUCCCCUGCAGAGUUAGCACUUCUGACAGAGUCCCUGGCCAUGCUCUGAGCACAAACACCUAGCAAGCGUUCCCAGCCCUAGUUCUGCAUUGCCUGCUCCGUGGGGGCCAGUGGGGGCAAGUGUGGGAGAGAUGAGGGGGAGAUGCAGGGUGCAGGAGCCCCAGCUGGAGCCAAAGCACUUGAGGGAGGCACUCGGACUUACCCCGAGGCAGCGGAAGGUCUUUGGUGAAAGAGGGAUGUUAGAGUUGGAAUCUAGAAAGAUCCCCGUGGCUUGUGUGGAGGGCUGGUGAGGGUGAAGGGGUGGAGAGAGGUCAAGGCUGCCCAGGGUCCUGGCUGGAGUACCUGGGUGGGUCUGUGGGGAGCCUGAACAUGGGAAGCACUAAAGGGGGAGUGGGUCUGUUUGAGGGCCCUGAGGGAGCUGGGGAACUGUGGAUGUGGCUGGGCUCAGCUGGGCGUGCUGGGGUGUGGAGCAUAAGGUAUGGACAGCAGAGCAUGGCUAGGAGGCAGCUGAGCUGGGGCCUGGAGAAAGAGUCCAGGGUUCUGCGCUGGGCUCAGGGACAGGGUGGGGACAGGCCCUCCAUGAAGGCUCCCACUGUCACAUUGCCCCAGGGGCAGCUGACUUCUUGCACUUGGACCUGCCCCCAACCCUUGGGCCAUGGGGAGGGCACUCCUCUCCUGUCCAUGCAUGACCUCCUGGGCUGCCCCUUGGCUCCUGCCCACCCACAGUGCUCCCAUUCUGCUCUUCAGAGCAAUCAGAGGCUGGGGAUGUGGGUGGGCAACAGAAACAGCUCCCUCUACCCUGACUGAGAAAGGUUCCAACAAACCACAGCCUCUUGGGGGCAGGAGGAGGAACAGAGGCCUCAGGAUUUUGGGGACACAUGUCCAUGCCUCGUCCUGGACCACGACCACACGGGUGGGUGAGAAGUCCUGCGUCCUGGCCCGUGGCUCCUCUCCCUCAUGCAGAAUGGGAGCAGGGCGGGCUUUGGGCCUCUGGGAGAAAGUUCACUUGUCCAGGGUGGAGACAGCCCAACCAGACUAGGUCUAGGGGCAUGUGUGGAGCUACACGAAGAGGCCCAGAGCUACCGAGAGCCACAGAGACUAGGAGAGAAGCCGCAGGUGCCUGCUCAGACCUGAGAGGCUGAGGUCCUCUUUGGGCUCAGCACUGGGACCGUAGCUCCUCUGUAGCUCCAUGAGGAUAGAGGCAUGUCUCUGUCAGCAAUGAUACACCAGCACCCGGCCCAGGCUAACACACGAGCUGCUCAACAAAUGUUUGUUAGCCGGAACUGACCAGAACCAACCCAGAGAUGGAAAGAGACUCACUGGCCCCACGGCUGAUAGGGACAGAGCCAUUGGCCACGGAACCACUGAGGGCAGAUCCCAUGACUGGCCCUGUAUGUCCAUAGACCGACUGGUGGUGCCUUCCUCACAGAGGCCCAGGGCAGGUGGCCUGAGCCCGGUUCUUUGUAAAAUACUGUUUCUGGGUUGGGGCUGCAUACAGUAUUGUCCCGUCCCACCCUCAUGCCUUCUCAGGGCUUGGCUGCUCCAGGGAGGUGGGGGCUGUGCCAGGGUAACAGAUGGGGCCUGCAGGGCACUGGCUGGGGUUGUGCAACUUCCCACAGCCCAGGAGCCAGGCCCCUCCAUGUGCCGCACUGGGAGGAGGGGGCCAGGCAGGCUUUGAAGGGGGCCUGGGUCCCGAGGCCUCCCCAGACUAGGAGGCUUUGAAAGAACAUCUGGAACUCAGGCAACUGGCUAACUAGUCUCUGGAUUUGCAAAACCAAAA